GGCAACCCGGAGCCACCUCUUAAAGCCCCCAAAACAAAAGGGCCCCAUUCGGAGAACUCACAGAAAUCGUGUUUGGGCAUCGGGUCGGCUUGGAGGCUGCAGCUUUAGUGGACACCACCGGGUAGAUUCGGCGCCGCGGCCAGUGAGCGUGGGCGAGAUGCGGAGCAGAAGCAAUUCUGGGGUCCGCCUGGACGGGUACGCGAGGCUGGUGCAGCAAACCAUCUUAUGUUACCAGAACCCAGUCACUGGGCUGUUAUCAGCCAGCCAUGACCAGAAGGAUGCCUGGGUACGGGACAAUAUCUACAGCAUCCUGGCUGUUUGGGGCCUGGGCAUGGCCUACCGCAAGAAUGCUGACCGUGAUGAGGAUAAAGCAAAGGCCUAUGAAUUGGAACAGAACGUGGUGAAGCUGAUGCGAGGUCUCCUGCAGUGCAUGAUGAGACAGGUGGACAAAGUGGAGAAGUUCAAGCACACUCAGAGCACCAAGGACAGUCUGCACGCCAAGUAUAACACUGCUACUUGCAGUACCGUGGUGGGUGAUGACCAGUGGGGCCACCUCCAGAUGGAUGCCACCUCCCUCUUCCUCCUGUUCCUGGCCCAGAUGACAGCCUCAGGCUUGCGUAUUAUUUUCACCCUCGAUGAAGUGGCCUUCAUACAGAAUCUUGUCUUUUACAUAGAAGCUGCAUAUAAAGUUGCUGAUUAUGGAAUGUGGGAACGUGGAGAUAAGACUAAUCAGGGCAUUCCAGAACUGAACGCAAGCUCUGUGGGAAUGGCCAAGGCAGCACUUGAGGCAAUUGACGAACUCGAUCUUUUUGGAGCCCAUGGAGGACGCAAGUCAGUCAUCCAUGUCCUGCCUGACGAAGUGGAGCACUGCCAGUCAAUUCUUUUCUCCAUGUUGCCACGAGCAUCAACAUCUAAAGAAAUCGAUGCCGGACUUCUUUCUAUUAUUUCUUUUCCGGCUUUUGCAGUAGAAGAUGCGAACCUUGUGAAUGUGACCAAAAAUGAAAUUAUUUCCAAGCUUCAGGGGCGUUAUGGAUGUUGUCGCUUCCUUCGGGAUGGUUAUAAAACCCCAAGAGAGGACCCUCAUCGACUGCAUUAUGACCCUGCUGAACUUAAGCUCUUUGAAAACAUUGAAUGUGAAUGGCCUGUGUUCUGGACUUACUUAAUCAUAGAUGGAAUCUUCAAUGGUGAUCCUGUUGAGGUCCAAGAAUACCGAGAAGCUCUGGAGGGAAUUUUAAUCAGAGGCAAAGAUGGGAUUCACUUGGUGCCAGAACUCUAUGCCAUCCCGCCAGACAAGGUGGAUGAAGAGUACAAGAACCCUCACACGGUAGACCGAAUUCCACUGGGGAAGCUGCCCCAUCUUUGGGGACAGUCCUUGUACAUCCUUAGCUCCCUGCUGGCAGAGGGAUUCCUUGCCACUGGUGAAAUUGAUCCCUUAAAUAGAAGAUUUGCUACUUCAGUCAAACCUGAUGUUGUAGUACAAGUCGCUGUUUUGGCAGAAAACAGUCACAUUAAGGGGCUGUUGUGGCAACAUGGGGUAAAUGUCCAGAGUAUCGCUGAUGUGCAUCCAGUUCAAGUCCAGCCAGGCCGGAUUCUUAGUCACUUAUAUGCCAAACUUGGACGAAAUAAGAAUAUGAAGUUGAGUGGUCGACCAUAUCGCCACAUUGGUGUCCUCGGCACCUCUAAACUCUAUGUAAUUAGGAACCAGAUCUUCACUUUUACGCCCCAGUUCACCGACCAGCAUCACUUCUACCUGGCCCUGGACAACGAGAUGAUUGUGGAGAUGCUGAGGAUCGAGCUGGCCUAUCUGUGCACCUGCUGGCGGAUGACCGGCCGCCCCACACUCACCUUCCCUGUCACACACACCAUGCUCACCAAUGAUGGAUCAGACAUUCAUCCUGCAGUUCUUUCUACAAUUAGGAAACUAGAAGAUGGAUAUUUUGGAGGUGCUAGAGUAAAGCUGGGGAACCUGGCAGAGUUUCUCACCACCUCAUUCUAUACGUACCUGACCUUCUUGGAUCCAGACUGUGACGAGAAGUUGUUUGACGACAUCAGUGAUGGGAGCUUUAGCCCUGACAGCGAGUUAGAACUGGGAGGAUACCUGGAAGACAGCAGCCAUCCAGAAAGCCAAGAUGAACUUGACCAGUAUAUCAACCACCUUCUUCAAAGCACAGCCUUGAAGUGCUACCUGCCCCCUCUUUGUAAGAAGUCAGAAGACAGCCAUGUUUUCAGUGCUAUCCACUCCACUCGGGACAUACUUUCUGUGAUGGCCAAAGCAAAGGGUUUGGAAACUCCAUUUUUUCCAAUAGUUUUGCCAACUAAAGUUCUAAGUGGACACCGUAAGUCACUGAAUCUUGUUGACUCCCCUCAGCCACUCCUAAAGAAGACUCCUGACUAUGACUACCAGUGGCCCAGAGAUGACCAUGGUGAAAUGGACUGUGAGAAGCUAGUUGGGCAGCUGAAAGACUGCUCAAACCUCCAGGACCAAGCAGACAUUCUAUACAUUCUCUAUGUGAUAAAGGGUCCCAGCUGGGAUACCAAUCUGUCUGGACAGCGUGGAGUCACUGUUCACAGUCUUCUCAGCGAGCUCUAUGGAAAAGCUGGCCUAAACCAAGAAUGGAGUUUGGUCCGCUACAUUUCAGGCCUGCUCAGGAAGAAAGUGGAGGUCCUGGCUGAGGCCUGUGCAGAUCUGCUGUCCCACCAGAAGCAGCUUACAGUCGGCCUGCCCCCUGAACCCCGGGAGAAGACCAUCUCCACGCCUCUUCCCCCAGAGGAGCUCACAAAACUCAUCUACGAGGCCAGUGGACAGGACAUCAGCAUUGCUGUCCUCACACAGGAGAUCGUGGUUUAUCUGGCCAUGUAUGUCCGGGCCCAGCCUAGCCUCUUUGCAGAGAUGCUCAGACUCCGGAUUGGAUUGAUCAUCCAGGUGAUGGCCACAGAGUUGGCUCGGAGCUUGAACUGCUCAGGAGAAGAAGCUUCAGAGAGUUUGAUGAACCUCAGCCCCUUCGACAUGAAGAACCUCCUGCAUCAUAUUCUGAGUGGGAAGGAGUUCGGUGUGGAGAGAAGCGUGCAUCCAAUUCACUCCUCCACAUCCAGCCCUGCCAUCUCCAUCCAUGAGGUGGGUCACACUGGUGUCACCAAGACUGAGAGGAGUGGUAUCAACAGACUAAGGAGUGAGAUGAAACAGAUGACUAGGCGAGCUAGUGCUGAUGAGCAGUUCUUUCCUGUGGGCCAGGCUGUGUCCAACAGUUUGCAUUCCUUCAAGUCUGCGAGGUCCAGCACCCCAUCAUCCCCAACGGGCACAUCAUCUACAGACUCCGGGGGACACCACAUGGGCUGGGGCGAGCAGCAGGGCCAGUGGCUGCGCAGGAGAAGGCUGGAUGGGGCCAUCAACAGGGUCCCCGUGGGAUUCUACCAGAGAGUGUGGAAGAUCCUUCAGAAGUGCCAUGGUCUGUCCAUCGAUGGUUAUGUCCUCCCAUCCUCAACAACCCAAGAGAUGACCCCAUAUGAGAUCAAGUUUGCUGUCCAUGUGGAGUCCGUACUCAACCGCGUGUCCCAGCCCGAGUAUCGGCAGCUGCUGGUAGAAGCCAUCAUGGUACUAACACUGCUCUCAGAUACAGAGAUGGACAGUAUUGGAGGCAUCAUCCAUGUGGACCAGAUUGUACAGCUGGCCAAUCAGCUGUUUCUGCAGGACCAGGUAUCAUUUGGAGCCAUAGACAUCCUGGAAAAAGACCAAGCCACAGGAAUUUGCCACUCCUUUUAUGACAGCGCUCCUAGUGGGGCUUAUGGUACAAUGACCUACCUAACGAAAGCAGUGGCUUCUCAUUUGCAGGAACUGCUGCCCAGCUCUGGCUGCCAGAUGCAAUAGGGCCUUAGCCAUAAACAUGAGCACCCUCUGAAUGUGUCAUUUGUCCCAUAGCCUCAUUGGGAAUUUCCUUCUGCCUUCCACCCUAGAUCCCCUGUUCUGUCCCCAAAGCGUACCCCAUCAGAAAGCUUCCCAGGGAGCAGAUGACAGCGCUCAAGCUGCAAGCAGUGUGUGUUUAAGUCACUGAUGAAGCCGAUGAAUCCCCCGGUCCCCUGAGAAGCACCCUGGGAUCCUUUGCUAGGUUCAUUUCCCUGGAACACUUGUCACCGCAUCUGGUCUCGUGGACGCCAGAAAGGAACUGAAAAUGGGUCUCUUCUGAGUGCAGAGUGAACUGAGAAGCCAGCUUAAAUUGGCUCUCACCAAGAGUUACAGAAAUAGUUCGAUGAGCUAGUGACACAUCUUGAAGGUGGAAAGAUCCUUCCAGCAGCAGCAGCUAGACAGGCAGACCUUGACAGGGGCACAUCUCAGCAGAGUGCUGAGACCCAAGCUGUUUACCAAACAGAAUAAUGGUAUCUGCUUGGAAUUUUUUCCUAAGCCCUCACUCUGUUCGGGUUCAUGUUCAUUGCCCAGAUGAACUAAAUUGGCCCUAGUUAAUGCUGGCGGUAGCCUUCAGAUGAUCUUGUCCUGCUGUCUAGUAAAAUCCCUUAUCUUCCAGGAUCCAGAAAAAAAAAAAAAACCAUCAACAGCAAAGAGGAAGGUGAUAGGCAGACUGUUGUUUUAGAAUCGGAAGAGGCAGGAGUCUCAUGGAAAGAAAGGCCCGUGUCCCUGCACCCCCUGAGAGCACCACCAUGCCUGCUCAGAGCAUGAGUCAGCGUUUGCCAUGGAAAUUAGUGUGUGUUCCUGCCGGAACAGAGUUCCCUUAAAAAUAGCCUGAGAGCCCCCAACCACUGCUCACAGAAGCACUCUCAGAUGGGUAUAGUCGGGGCUCUAUGGCAGAGAAAGAAGGCUGAGUCCUGGCAAGCUCUGGUGACUCUUUCACCAUUGUCCUGGUGAAUGGAGUUUCUUUUUAAGCCUUGUCUUCCCCACAUUGGGACAGAGACAAACAACUGAAAGUAGUUUCUGUGAAUAAUCGGGCCUGAAGGACCAAGUCACCGGUGUUGUGGCCAAGUGCUACAUUCCCAUCUGGUUGUGAUAGGUUCCGAUUCACAGUGACUCUUCACCUCAGAAAUGGAAACAAGGCUGUGGGAUCAGUUUCUGGAAGUUUGUGUGGAGGAGAAGGGAAGAUGGUGCUCGGAGGUGCAGUGUCCCCCAGAGUGGAGACUCAGGACUGACUUCACUUUAUUCUCAAAGGAGAAGGUGGCAGAGUACCCUGCUGUCCCUUAGCACGUCUAGGCAUUUCUAAAGGAACAUUUAUCUGCUUGUGUGUAUAUGUCUGUGUGAGUGUAUGCCACCUGUGUGGGAGUCCCUGCAGAGGCCAGAAGAGAGCAUCAGCUCCCCAAGAGCCGGAGCUAUCGGCAGUUGUGAAGCACCCUGACAUAGGUACUGGGAAACAAACUCAGGUCUGGAAUAGCAGCAAGCACUCAUACUUGCUGAGCCAUCUCUCCAGCCUUCUUGUAAAGCGGGGUCAGAGUCAUGUAACUGACUGGCGGGUUCCCUGCUAGAUAAUGUCAAACAUGCAGUGAGAAUGAAACGAGGCAUGAAAGUACCCAGUGCUAAUGGCAGAAGUUCUAGAAGUGGAGCCCUUCAAACUGGGCCCAGUGCUAAUUCGAAUACUCUUAGCCUGCCAGGGAUGUGGCUGUGACGUGAGAAGUGGCAGCUGCCGGGCUGGGAUCAAGAUGAGACUCUGGCCAAGGAGAUGAGCCGCAAUAAGCAAUUCACUGCAGCGUCCCAGCCACUCUGAAAUCUCUUUCAAAUGAAGUCCCGAAAUAGGACUGCGUUUCCACAGGCAGCAAGCUGCCAGCUUCAAAGGAAGAGAGUCGGCUUCCGAGACAGACGAUCCCUUUAGUGAACAGCCAAGGCCAUGCCCAAGAGGGACAGAUGUUUUAGAGGAUGAUGGCAGUAUCCUCCUGACACCAUCCUUGCCUAGAGGUACUGGUAGGGAGAAGGCCUCGUAUCCCCUGUGGACUUGGCUGGCUAUUCCCCAACUCCCUGGGGCAUGGCAGGAAGUCUCUUUCCUAUCUUCCCUCCCAAAGCUGAAAAGCCAGUUUUUAAUCUUUGCAGGGGAUGAGAAUGUGGUCUCAGAAGACAUAUCAGUGAAUGCAGGUGUUAAUUUACUAUUUAGCAUACACAGUUGAAAGGCAGUAGGCUGCCCCAUGGUCUGCUUACCCCAGUUUUGCCAAAGGUAAGCUCACUCUCCUGGCACUGACACCAGUAUUUAAUCUUGGGUGAGAGAGUUGACCUUUGUGUGCCUAAGUUUACCCAUCUGCAAGAAAGAGUGAGAGACCUCCCGACUGGAACAGAAUCUUUCUUUGGCAGUUAGGUGACCAGACCCUAGGACAACACCAAGCCGUGUGUGUGUGUGUGUGUGUGUGUGUGUGUGUGUGUGUGUGUGUGUGCGAGAGAGACAGAGAGAAGGAAAGCUAGGCUAUGUCCAAAGCUCCAGAUGAAAUUCUUCCAGGUUAGUCUGCCCUUCCUCUCCGGCAUAGGAAAGUGUGGGUGUCAGACGUCAGCUUCCCAGAUAGGAAGAAUGUGAAUGCUUCUUGUAGAACAAAAAGGAGAGCCCACCAAUCAAGAGGCAGGAGAAACACUUUGCCAGUUGAUUGAUGCCAUUUAUUUCUGGACAAGAUGACAGGAGGUUUGGCCUCUCUUUCUAUAAAUACAGUGGAGUCGUCUCUCCAUUCUAUUGACUUGUGCACAAGUCCAACAAAUCACCUUUGACUUUCCUGCUUGCUUGUUGCCAAAGGGGACAGCUAUCUCCCAUCUCUCCCAGUGUGCCAUUCUCUUUCAAGGUGACUCCAGCUUUUGAAGUCUCUGCCAUGUGCAGUUCUGUACUUUGUAGGAUGGAAGAACAUCAUGUUCCCAGAAUGCCUUCUGUUCUUCCAGACAUGGCCAUUGAUAGUUCUGCUUCUGAAGAAAAAAGCAGCACUUUGACCUCAGAGCCCAGUCCCCCUUGUCUGUCUCCGUCGGAAAGCCGCUUAGGAAAAGUCAUAACCUUGAGUUACUGAGAGAAUUCUCAGAGGAAUGAGAUCAGUUACUAAGACAAGCUUCCAAUCUUAUGCUGUGUACCUGAUUGAUGCUAGGGAGAAUUUUCAUCAGAAAGCUAUCUUUCUAAGAGAGUAUAUGUGUGUGUGUUUUUAAGGGACUAUAAUGCCUUCUUAGAGGGACUGGAAUCGAUAGAACCAGUGAACUCUGAACUUGUGUGACUUUCCCCUUGCCUUACUGCAGUACCAAACUGUUGUGAAAAAUGAGCAAAUAAGUCUGAAGGCAUGUACAGCAUAGCAUGCCUUCCGUGGCCAGGCAUCGCUAAGUAAGCACAUAGGAACUCAGGCAUGCACAGCGGCGGAUAACGAGCAGCCUGCUCAUUUCUGAAGCCCUCAAAGGAAGAGACGCUGAGCAGGCUGCUGAUCUGAGAGUUCUUCAUGCUGAUCUGUUGACAUUCACAUCCCAGUUCUAAAUCUGGUGGCUGCUGAAGCCUUCCACCUCCCGUUAGUGUAGCUUAGGUGCCAAGCUUUGCAAAGGACAGGACUUGGGGUUGGUCAUGCUGCAUCUUCAUUGGGCACAAGGGAUAACUGCUUCUAUAGCUCCUGUGUGUGUGUGUGUGUGUGUGAGAGAGAGAGAGAGAGAGAGAGAGAGAGAGAGAGAGAGAGAGAGAGAGAGAGAGAGAGAGAGAGAGAGGAGAAUGUGUGUAGAUGUGUACACUGGUGCACAUUUAGAGGCUAGAGGAAGACACUGUGUCCCCUAUUGCUCUCCACAUCCAUCCCUUGAAGCAGGGUCUCACUGGAUCUGGAGAUAAGCUGGAAGCUAGUGAGCCUCCGGUUUCUGCUCUCCCACACGCCCCACUCGUGUGUGCCUGCAUCCAGGUGCACACGUGAUGUUGGAGCUAGAAGCGUGUGUGUGGCUGCACCUUACCUUUUCAUGAGUUUGGGGGUCUAAACUCAGGUCCUUCUUGCAUAGCAAUCACUUUGACCUGCUGAGCCCCAGCACCACCCACAUCUCCUAUUUUGAAGGAUCACCCUAGUUGCAUAUUCAGGAGGGACUUACAAAGGAGAAAUACUAACAAUUGACUCAGCUCUCAUGGCUGUAGCAUGACUUUUGGCCAAAUGUCUCAGUUCUUAUUUGCAAGUAACAGAAUCAAACUCUAGCUGGGUAAAUACAAACGAUGUUCCAUAAAGAAGAUUGGCUAAGUCACAUAUCACCAGGAUCAAAUCUCCAGAUUGCUCACAGGCUAACAGAUGCCCCUGAUGCAGGAUACUCCCAAGACCAGUUGUGCCACUUCUGCCCUUCUGGAAACUGAAUGUAGGGGGUUGCCACCUGCCAUUAGCCUGGACAGCAGUCAUAAGCUGCCAGUACAAGGCCUUGGGCAGGAAUGAAGUGUCAGCUGGUGGAAGAGGCUAUUAGCUGGGCCUCUGCCUGCCUUCUACAGUUGAGGCAGACUCAAUCUCACAAUGUGGGGAUAAUGAGUAGGGCUGAGGCCUGCCAUUCGAAAAAAUGUCAUUCCAGCCAGGCAUCUAGUUUUUGUGCUGGAUUCCCCACUAACCCCCAGGUGUCUGAGCCAAACAACUGGCCAUGGAAGUUGUGUGGCAAGAAUGCAAAGAACACGUGGAAAUGCCACCCCUGGCUGGAAGCUAGACAAUUGGAUGGUCUCUUUAGAAGUACAGCUGCCGAGUCACAGUUGUUAGAUCACCACUGGUAUCCAGGGACAACCUCCCCCCCACCACCACAUAGUCGUUAGCUUCCAGCGAGCUGUCGUGUAUCCAUCCAACAAAGCUUGGGGCAGUUGCCGAUGGACCACACAUUCUUCGUGACCACAAGCCCAGUCCCAUUAGGUUCUCUGGACCCUGAGUGACAGCCCAUCUGGAACAAGAUGCAAAUGAUUGUCACAUCUUUCCUCCUAAGCCACUAGC